AUGGGUUGCUGUCAAGACCGUGAGGUAAAUUAUAACUAGGAAAGAGAGUCAGGACAUUUUCAAAGAAAAAAACAGAGAAGAUUAAUCCUGAAGCGCGAUUAUGAUUUGGAUAAUAUGAAAGAUCAAGAAACUAUGAUAAUCAAAGAGCAUUCAGAUCUCUCAAUGUCAACAGAGAAUAUUACUGAGCCUGAUGAUGAAAAAUAUCUAAGAGCCCAGCUUGAAGGCUAUAAGAGUGACAAAAAAUGAAGUGAAAUUGUGAAAAUGAUUUCAAAUAGAACAGAAAUCACAGAAGCCAAAAUUUAUAUCAGCUGAGCAGAAAAACCAAAAACUGUUGGAAGCUUGGCUAUUGCAUAUUUAUGCAAGGAAUGCAAAAGCGAUCCGAAGGUAAUCGCACCCUAUAUUGAAGAAGUCCUACCAACUUUGCUUACAAGUAUUAAGAUGGGCACCGAUGAUUUGAGAGAAAAUUCACUUUUGCUUCUCUUCUAUUUUGUAGAUGUCGCGAGUGAAGAGGCUAUUUCAAAACUAUUAAAAUUAAGCAUAUUUAAAGCACUGGUAAGGUGGUUUCUAUGCUCAAAGCCUGAGCUCAGGCAUAUUUCUGCAGAUAUUUGUGAUAAAAUUUACCGAGGAAGAAAAGAGGCACAAGAAGCAUUUUUAAAUGAACAAGGGGCCGUUAAACUUGUGCAAUUAAUCGCUUGGAGCUCAGAUCAAGAUGAGGUGCUAUUCGAUUUAUUAGGAUAUUUGAUUGAUUUAAUGCAAGAUGCAAAUGAAGAUCCAUUAAUGGAAAAUAUAAGAAGGGUUCAUGAAAGCAUGGUAUGGGAUAUAAUAAGAAAUAUUGACACAACUGAAAAAUCUCAAGAAUUGAUGGAACAGCUUGACGCUGUUAUUAGACUACUGUCAUAUGACGAAGGAUUUUCUUAA